AUGACCACAUCUAUGGGUGUCCUCAUGUACGCCGAUCCAGAAUCGGGAAGGUCGAGUUCCAACUUUCCUCUGAUAUCGAACCUCGCUGCAAGCUGGAUGCUGGAAGGCAGCCCCCGUUGCGAAUGGCGCCAGAGCUUCAAGUUCCUCCUGCCAGACAUAACGAAUGGUGGAGUAGCGGCCAGCCCUCUAGUGGAGCCCUCAAUCGCCGUCGGCCAACGGGCGCGCACCGCUUGGCGCCAGUGGAUAGUGCAGACAAUGUUCCCGAACUCUCGGGACCAAGCGAGCCUUUCCAUUGGCCUUCCUACGGACAGAAUUUCUCGGUUCCAAACUGUCGGGUCGUGGGAACCCUAA